AACACGCCCCGGGCUGCAGUCUGUUAGUGGCUGAGAGUAUACUGUAGCUCGUACAAAGGCCCAAUUGUGGCAGGUAUGAGGUCUUGCGGUUACAUAAGAUCUGAUAUUCCAUGAAUAUGUAAAGCUUUUCAAGAUUAUGGAGGAGAAUAUUACACAAUGUGAUCAGCUCAAUAAGAAUUUUGGUAAUACAAAUUUUAAUACCCAUGAGUGGGAAGCAUCUGUGUUAGAUGCUUUAGAAAGCCGCAAGCAAGAUGAGAGGUACAAGUCUCUGGUUUCCCCGGCACUAGAGCCAGAGGAGAGAUUUGGAAUGUCUCACAAGAACAGCGCUGAUCUAGACAUGGAAACUUAUAUAGUUGGAGAUGUUCUGUCCUCAAGGUAUAAAUGCAGCACUAUUAAACCAGGAAGGAGAAGGAAAUACAGAACGUGGUCAGGACACAGGCAAUAUGUGUGUCUGGACUGUGGAAAAUGUUUUACACACAGUUCAACACUUGCAACCCACCAGCGAAGUCACACAGGUGAGAAACCUUAUGCUUGUUCCGACUGUGGCAAAUGCUUCACCCGAAGUUCUACUUUGGCUACUCACCAAAGGAUUCAUACUGGGGAACGGCCUUACGCAUGUAUAGAGUGUGGAAAGAGCUUUAUCCAGAGCUCACAUCUCGUGUUACACCAAAGGAUCCAUACAGGACACAAGCCUUAUACUUGUCAGGAGUGUGGCAAAUGUUUCAGUGACAGAUCCCAUUUUGUCAUACAUCAGCGGACUCAUACUGGAGAGAAGCCCUAUACAUGUACUCAGUGUGGGAAAAGCUUCAGUAGUAACUCAAACCUCGUUGCCCACCAUAAACUCCAUACAGAAAACACCAUCUAUAUCUGUAACCAGUGUGGAAAAAGCCUCAGUAACAGGCUGACAUUUGCUAGUCAUCAGAAGACUCACCUAGCAGACAAGCCAUUUGUGUGUGUGGAGUGUGGAAAAGGAUUCACUCGCAAGCUUCAGCUGGUGUUACACAAAAGGAUACACACAGGAGAGAGGCCAUUUGUGUGUAAUGAGUGUGGUAAAUGCUACACUCGCAAAUCUUACCUUAUCAUACAUCAGAAAAUUCACACAGCGGAGAUACUGUAUGUGUGCAGUAAAUGUGGCGAGAGCUUCCAUGAACAUGCCCAUCUGAAAACUCACCAGAAGUUACACAUAGAGGACACGCCACAAUCUGACACUGCUUGAUGUGCAGAAAAAUAACCACAGUAAAGCAGUCCUAGCAUUCAGGAGAAAUUACAUAUGCAGCAGGGUCUGAUUCUGAGUUAGCCAGUAAUAAUAAGUAACUGUGCACCUUGCCAAAACCAUUUUGCACUGCAGAUAGGGGCAGAUGUAAUGUGCAGAGAGAUUUAGAUGUUAGAGGAGUGUGUCCACACGCAAUUCUAAAUUGCUGUGUAAAAAUAAAGCUGCCCAACAUUUGUGUGCUGCAUGCAAAACCAGCCAGUGUAUACCCUACAUGAAACCAAAUGUACUGUAUGUAUUUGUACCCCUUGCAUUGCAACACAGACUGCACAGAUACACAGUUACAGUACUUGCUCCUCCUUAAAUUAUUCCAAACUCAGAAUCAGUCCCAUAGACAGAAGGGCUGAUGAGCCAGUCCAGCCAGACAGAGACCGGGCUGGGUAGCUGCUCGGCUGCCUGGCUCUCACAGACAGGGACUGGCCGAGCAGCUCCACCUUCUGGUGCUAUGGUCGGCCGUCCGGCAUAGAGAGAAUGGGGCAUGCCACGAGGCCAGGUCCCUGUGACUCGCGGCACCCCCUUUAAGGAGGCAUGCGCGCCUAAGACGCAUGUACACAAUUCCAUGCCUGGGCUGUAUAAAAGCCCCAGCCUAUCCCUAGUUUCAUAAUAAAGUCCUUAUUUAGUUUAUCAUAGCAAUAUUGCUGUAAUAAAAUGUAAAAACAAUAUGCAGCUUUGUAUAGCCAUUAAAGAUAGACUAAUAUUUGUGUGUAACAAAUGUCAUAUAGCCCCAAGUCUUUUCAGUAUUUAUAGUACAUACUGAAUGUGGCCAAACUUCAAAUUACAUAAAGUGACUCAUCUAGCGUAUUAAAUGGAACUUUGACAAUGUUUGUUACAUAAGAUAUUAUUGAAUGCAUUUCACUAUAUAAGCCUGAAUGAUGUUCAGGAAAUGAAUAGGAAAUACAGUAAGUGGGGUAUAGUUAAUGGCUAGAUACAAACUUACAAUGUGAAGAUAAGGGCACAAUAGGCUUUAAACUAGCCAUUUAAAUGCACUGUCCCCAGCAGGACAUAAAAUAAGCCAUAGAAUGGUAAACUGUAAUAGAUUAGAUCUUGGUUAUUGUCUUAAAUUAUUCAGAAAGAGGUGGUACCUAGAAGUAUUACAGCAUGUUCAUCUAAUGGACUAAUGGAGAAAUGGAUGCUUUAUUAGUACAGCCCUAAGCCUUGACACUUUAUACAGUACUAUGUCUCAGCUUUAAAUACAUGGUCCAGUAAUUGAGUGAACUCUUUUAUCACAAGUACCUCUAUGUUUUACAGUGACAUUUCAUCAUACCCAAACAAAUCAAGAAAAUGUUUUCUGUCGGUAUUACAGUAUGUCAUUAUGAAGUGUCUAAAAAUACAUUGUAUACUUGACUUCUA